AUGCUGUCUGCAGCGUAUCUGUUCCUCCUGGCGAUGUUUAGCCUUCUUGUCCUGUCACUACAGGGCACGAGCGAACUACCCGUGGUGACGGUCGACCUUGGUUAUGAAAUUCACGAGGGGCACCCUAGUGAAGGAAGCGGGGUGUCGUAUCAUUUUCGCAACAUUCGCUAUGCCAUGCCACCUGUGGACGACCUGAGGUUCAAAGCCCCUGUUCCUGCAACGGGUUCGAGCAACCACACCGAGUCCGGCCUCACUCAGAGAAUCUGUCCACAGGCGGAGUAUGCCCGGAAGAGAGUCCAGCAAGACUUGUUUGAUUUUGUGCAUCUCGACGGUUACCACGAGCGGGAGUUCGACUGGGAUCAAGCCGAAAAUUGGUAUGCCAACCAGGCACCUUAUCACCAGUACUCACCGCACGAAUCUGAGACUGAGGACUGUCUCUUUCUCGACAUUCAUGUCCCCUGCGGUGUCUUCCAGCCUUCAGAUGAGAGAUGUUCCCAUAACCAGUACAAACGUCACGGGCUUGAGAAAGUUGCUGCGCCCGUCCUGAUUUGGAUCCAUGACGGUGACUAUGUGCAAGGCUCCAAACACUCCGAAGACAUAGAAAGCCUAGCAAAGGAACUCAUGCUUAUCGAGCCCAUCAUCCUCGUCAGCAUCAAUUACAGACUUGGCCCUCUUGGAUGGCUGGCGGGUCCUCGUCUGGAGGGCGAAGGAGGUAUCCCAAAUGCGGCUCUUCGGGACCAGCGGCUGGCCAUCGAAUGGGUGAACAAGAAUAUUCAUCUGUUUGGUGGCGAUAAUCAACGAGUUACGCUAUUCGGGCAGGGUGCCGGGGGUGGAUCGAUCGAACACCAAAUCACAGCCUUUGGCGGUGACCAGGCGGUCUCAUUCCAGCGAGCAGUCAUUAUAAGCCCGGCUUUUGUACCACGAAGGGCACCCGACGAGGGUCGCGAGAAACAGUCCGACCUCUUUCUGAACUACUUGGGCGUCCAGUCCUUUGAGGAAGCGCGCCGGCUCGACUCUUCGGCCAUCAUGCGUGCUGCAUGGUAUCAAGUCUGGAAUGCGGCAUACGCAAACCACGAGUUCGGUCCACGGAUCGACUCUGACCUUGUGCCGGAUUUUCCGGGCACUCUAUUGAGCGAGGGCAAGCAUGCUAGGAAUCUCGAUAUCAUGGUUGGUCAUACCGAUACCGAAGGUGUGGCAAUCAUGCCUAUGCGUCAUCAUGGCAAUGGUGCCAUUGAGCUCUUCCUCUACCAAACGCUGGACACGGUUGCUCCCCUCGAAGAGCUCUAUCCAUCAGAAUCUGACGGGCUCGACGACACGGAUCGCGACUCGCUUAUUGCUGCGGAGGUCUACACACUCUGCAAUACCAACUAUAUCAACAAGGCUUUCGGUAACCGGACGUACGCUUUCGAACUCAGCGACGAUCUAGGUACGAAAAACCUGGGCAUCAGACUGUACUCGAACACCUCGCAUGCUUCGCAGAAUCAGGAUGCCGGGUCCAUGUUCGAACGGUGCCUGAUUUCGUUUGCAGCAACCGGCGACCCAAGCCCUGGUGUAGACUUUUAUUUUCCUCCACAGGGCAACCACGCGACCAUGGUUAGAUUCGGUACAAUAUGGGAAUCGAUUGAUAUACGUACGGAUCCCACCUCGAACAAGCGGUGCAAGUUCUGGCAGCUUCAAGCAGGGUCCAAAGUUACUAGACCUGAAGAUGGUAAUUAA